AUGGACGAGCGAAUUCAGUCCAUCCGACCUCUUCCCUCCGGGGUGGUCGCCAAGUUGAAGUCCUCAAUCGCCAUAUCAAAUCUCAAUGGAGUGGUCUUGGAACUUCUGAAGAAUUCGUUGGAUGCUAGAGCCCAAACCGUAUCGAUCAACGUAAACUUUCAAAGAGGUGGCUGCGCUGUGGAAGAUGACGGGCAAGGAAUAUUGCCUGCUGAGUUCAUGGAGGGGGGCAAUCUUGCCAAACUUCAUCAUACGUCUGGAUUCAACAGUCCACAUCAGGUGUAUGGCCGGAAAGGCGCAUUUCUUGCGUCUCUUGUGUCACUUGCUUUGGUUACAAUAACCUCUCACCACGAAUCUGCAUCAACGACAAAUACAGUGGUAUAUCACCAUGCAAAAUCGAUCUCCAGGCUAACACCCGCCCCAUUGCAACAUGAGCUCGAUUCGCGCGACCAUGGGACUAGAGUUACGGUUACGGACCUUUUCGGGAAUUUUCCUGUCCGCGUUAAGCAUCGAGCGUUAUCUCUGAGAACCAGUCAGGAUCUAGAUAGAGAAUGGGGCGACUUGAAACGCAUGCUUACAGCCAUACUUCUUGCUUUCCAGAAACCCGUAAAACUUGUGGUAUCAGAUGCAACGAAGACAAGGCAACUUGUUUUUCGAGCAAGUAGGUCGCAGUAUGAUAAAUCUUCUGGGCCGCUCGACUUGGGUCGAAUUCGUCGGAUUUUGAUGCAUGCUGGCUAUGUCAUGCCAGGGGAUUUUCAAUCUUGGGUUACUGCCUCUGCUCUGAUGUCGGGGAUUGAGAUUCAGUCUGCAAUAUCCCUCCAACCUGCUCCAACAAAGGAAGUCCAGUUCAUCUCCUUUGGAAUAAAUCCGAUAUUCUCUCAGUCUAAUAUGAACGUCUUGUAUAAGGAGGUCAAUAGAUUAUUCUCUCAUUCGAGAUUUGGAGUUAUUGAUGAUCCACCAGUUAUUACGGACGGACUAGGAGGACUUAAUCUGCAGGGUGACGACAAAACAAAUGAUCCGAAAGCGUCCAGCGGAAGAGAAAAAAGUAUUAACAGAUGGCCAAUGUUUUAUAUUCGAAUAGGGCUACAAGAAUGUGAUGAUGCUAUCGAUAAAACGGACGACCUUGCCGAACGUAACAACAGUCUCCAAUCAGUUUUAGAUGUUCUGGUAGCCAUGAUACGACAGUUUCUGGAAGAGUACCAUUUUCGACCUCGGUCAGGAACAGGUACCAAAAGGAGUCGCCAGCCUCAAUCUCCGACAAGCCCAGUAGAGCGUCAAGUUGUAAAGCGCCCCAAGAGCGCUGCCCCAGCGUUCCUUUCACCCCUUGCGUCUACUGGAAUUCACAAAGGUAGUGGGAACACCGAAGAACUAUUUAACACCUGUAUCAGACUUCCUCGUGCUGCCCACGCUCUAAACCCUGCGCACCCUAAGAACAAAGCUUUUGGAAGCUGGUCACGGAUUAAAAGCAGUCGCGAUAGCGGAUUUGACGAGAUAUGGUCUGGCUUGCCCCGCGGAAAAAGCCCUUUUAUCUCGAAUGCUUCCACGAAAAAUCAAGUAGAGCAUGAUAGAAGUUGCUCAUACUCGUCUUCUCCAACUCCUGAUCAAUCUGGUGAACUCUCAGAUAGCCACGAUGUCCGUCAUUUCGCGAAGCCUAGCAGCCCAGAUGACACUGGGGAUCUAGGCCUACAGGGCGUCGAAAAGGAACACAAUGAUGGAUCCCCAGACGAGGCUAUACGUUGGGUGGAUCCUAUCACGAGAACAGCAAUAUCAAUUAACAGCAGAACGGGCCAGACUAUUCUGAACCAAGGCCGGCCGUUUACCUCGUCUCGAGAUGGGAUUCAAAAGCCAGGGUCCUUUGAUCGCCAUAGUUGUUCAGGAAACUUGGUGUCACAUCCUAAUUUGUGGAUUGAUACAUUCCUUAAAGAAUGGAAUAAUCCAAUAUUCCAGCAAUCGGAGCAACCAGUCACAACGGCGUUUCAGGUUCUAGGUCUGCAUUCUGGCAGCUCAAGGAAACAUUUCCUGUCAGGAACUGGAGAUUUUGGGUUUAUGCCAUCUUCAUCUAGGUUCACUAGCCGGUUGACCAAACAAGGGCUUCAGAAUGCGCAAUUGAUCGCUCAAGUGGACAAUAAAUUUUUGCUUUUGAAACUGCCAGCUUCCAGUGAGGAAACCAACGCCGACCGCCAGCAAAACCUUGUUCUCGUGGACCAACAUGCUGCCGAUGAAAGAUGUCGAAUUGAGCAACUUUUUGUAGAGCUUUGCGGUACUGCAGCUACGACAUCAGAUCCAUCGUCAUUCUGUCAAAAUCGAGGAAAUACAUCGUCCUUACCGAAGCCAAUUUCAUUCCAGGUAUCGCCUCAGGAAGGUGAAUUGCUAAAAUCGCAUUCUGACUACUUUGAAUUUUGGGGCUGCUAUUAUACAUUGUCACCUAGUGAAAGAGAUUAUCACACGGUUACGAUCGACAAGGUUCCGACGCUUAUCGCGGAGCGCUGCAGAGUAGAGCCUAAGCUUGCCAUAGAUCUUCUUCGGAAUGAAAUUUGGGAACGAAAAGAUCAUGGAAGAAAAGAUCGGAAGCUUCCCCCCCAAACGCUAUGCUCUGGCAUCCCAGAAGCCGGUAAUUCUGAAAAAUCACCAAACGACGAAGUACAACCUACCAUUGCCCGCCACUCUUGGUUGGAGCUUAUUAGUGACUGCCCCAAGACUAUUAUUGACCUACUCAUCUCGCGCGCGUGUAGAAGCUCGAUCAUGUUCAACGACUGCCUGAGUCGGGUCGAAUGCGAAAAUCUAAUCUCUAGACUUGCGGUGUGUACCAAUGAAGCCCUCUCAGCUUUUGACUUUAUAUCUCGUUUUGGAAAUAAUUCUGGUAACGCCCCGGCAAUUAACUUGGAUUUGCCCUUCAUGGAAGCCUUCAAACGGUGGAACCCUGAUGCUACAUAG